GUGCAGUACUACUAGUACUACCAUUCAUUGGUUACAGAAGCUCCAUUCAUUGGUCAUUCAUCUCGCCCAUCUGAGAUUCUCUUCACUCCAUGGAUGCUUGAUAGUUGAUACCUGUCCAUAGGCAACUUUGCGCAACAACAACAACUGUGCUCUGUCCAGAACUACGUGCAUACACAGCACAUUGUUUCGACCAUGUCUCUGGAGUCGUCCAUCGCUCUCCUUCGCCACCUCACCGUGCUCACCCUCGUUGCUCUCGUCCCUUCUUCGGCCGCACUUAGCUUCAUCUACAACGGCUUCCAGCACGCCGCCGACCUGAGCCUAGACGGCUCGGCGUCCAUCUUGCGCGGCGGCGCGCUUCAGCUCACCAACGACAGCAACAACCUCAUGGGCCACGCCUUCUUCGCGGCGCCAGUGCCAAUGCUCGUGAACAAGGCGGUCAUCUCCUUCAGCACGGCCUUCGUCUUCGACAUCGUUACUGUCGGCAGAAGCGGCGGCCAUGGACUCGCUUUCGUGGUCGCGGCUUCCAAGGUGCUCCCCGGGGCAAGUGACGAGCAGUACCUUGGCCUCCUCGGCAAAGGAAAUCUGGGCAACUCCUCGAACCACGUUUUCGCCGUCGAGUUGGACACGGUGCAGGCGAACGGGCUCCUGAACGAGACGAACGCCAACCACGUCGGCGUCGACUUGAACAGCCUCGUGUCCAACGUGUCGGAGCCGGCCGCCUACUUCACCGAUGACGACGGCAGGAGCGUCUCCGUGCCGCUCGAGAGCGCGCAGCCGAUCCAGGCGUGGGUGGACUACGACGGCAGCGCCAAGGUCCUCAACGUGACCAUCGCUCCCGCGUCCUUGCAAACGCGGCCUCGCCGGCCGCUUAUAUCGCAGGUCAUUGACCUCUCGCCGAUCUUUAAGGAAGACAUGUACGUCGGUUUCUCGGCGGCGACAGGGAAGUUGGCGAGCUCGCAUUACGUUCUUGCCUGGAGCUUCCGUACCGACGGAGUCGCGCAAGCCAUCGAUCUCUCCCGGCUGCCGAAAGUCCCAAAGGCGCCGGCUCCUCCACCUUCCACGUCCACCAUCAUCAAGAUCGUCGCUCUGUCUUGCGCCGCCACGCUGGUCAUGGUCGUCGCCGCCAUCGGUGCCGCGUUUUGGCUGCGGAGAAGGGCGGCGCUGGCCGAGACGCUUGAGGAGUGGGAGCUGGAUCACCCGCACAGGUUGCCAUACAAGGAGCUGUACAAUGCGACAAAGGGGUUCAAGAACAGUGAGCUCCUGGGCGCCGGUGGCUUCGGCCAGGUGUACAGAGGCGUGCUCCGGCGCUCUGGCGACACGGUGGCCAUCAAGAGGAUCUCAAGCAACGGGUCGCAGGGGAUGCGCGAGUUCGUCGCCGAGGUCGCGAGCCUCGGGCGCAUGCGGCACCGGAACCUGGUCGAGCUGCGCGGGUGGUGCAAGCGCGGGCAAGACCUGCUUCUGGUCUACGACUUCAUGCCCAACGGCAGCCUCGACGCGCACCUGUUCGGCAGUGCCGGCGUCGGCGUGUCCCCAUCGCCGGCGUUGCUCACGUGGGAGCAGCGUUUGAGGAUCCUCAGGGGCGUCGCGUCCGGGCUGGUGUACCUGCACGAGGGGUGGGAGCAGGUGGUGGUGCACCGCGACGUCAAGGCCAGCAACGUGCUGCUGGGCGCGGACAUGAGCGCGCGGCUCGGCGACUUCGGCCUCGCGCGCCUCUACGAGCACGGCGCGGAACCUGCCACGACUCGCGUCGUCGGGACGCUGGGCUACAUGGCGCCGGAGCUCACCGUGACUGGCAAGGCCACCACGGCCAGCGACGUGUUCGGCUUCGGCGGCCUGCUUCUCGAGGUGGCGAGCGGGCGGCGGCCCAUCGACCCCAUCACCGGCGUGAACCUGGUGCGCUGGGUCCGAGACCACGGCGUCAAGGGCGACCUGGUGCGAGCCGUGGACGAGAGGCUCGACGGGUGGUAUGACAAGGAGGAGGCGAGGCUGGUGCUGUGGCUGGGUCUCGCUUGCAGCCAGUGGCGGCCGGAGGCGCGGCCUAGCAUGAGGCAGGUUUGCCAGUACCUCAACGGCGAGGAGGAAAUGCAGGAGGAUGCCGUGCUCGUCUUCUCAGACGUCGACUCCAUCGACUUCGGCUCCUUGACGUCGCUGACAUGGUCGUCAUCAUGUCAGUCGUGUGCAACAAUGUCGGCGGGCUCACUGCGCCGUGGACGGUGAAUGGCUUGAGCUUGAAGAGCUUUUGCCAAAUUCCCGUGAAGCUAAAACUUUCUACUCCUCGACCAUGCGUUCAUGCUGUCUUCUAAGCUUAAGGAUAUACUAAUAACCAAGUACUAGUGCGCAGAAUAGCAUGUAGGACCUUUUACUGUGGGAUACACCUACCAGUGAUUGGAAUUUCAGAGCAAAUUGUAUCAGCAACUUCAAUACGACUGGCACAAGAUGCAAAAUUACAUGCUUGAGAUAAUAAAAGGCAAUAUGUUAACUCAGA